GGGGAAGUGUGGCGGCUCUUCAAAGACGUUUUCAACAUUUCGCAAGACACCGACUUCAUACUCCAUCAGGCAGCUAGUCGUGAGGAUGUGUACUCAUAUGAGUACGAAGACAGCCCAGGUCCCAAUUGCAAAGCUCUUGCUUUUGACCUCAAACAUGGGGCCAAAAGCCCCUGGAACAAUAAAGUCAUUAGACUACUCCUUGAAGAAUUGCAGAGAAGGGGUGACGAAGAGAACUGGCCAUUCCGAAGGUCAGAUGUAUAUUUCAGGGAAGUUCUUCAAGUUCAAUAUAAGUGCCUGUGUAUGGUCUGGAUGGCUGCACAACCCAAGGUUACAGCAAAGGGCAUAUUGGAGACUCUUGCAGAGGUAGAGCAGAGGCUGAUCACGAAGAAGGAUGAGUCAUUAAAAGCGACUCAUCAAACAACACGUCAGAAAAAUAAAUAUCUUCGUAGAGUGAUGGUUCUGGAUCAUCUCGUCAAUCACAAGGCCGACGAGAACGAGGAGGACCUUCCAGCCUGGCAGUGGCUUCAGCAACUCAUCAGGAUGUUAGGAGAAGACAGCAUCAGU